CGAAACCGGAAACGUAGCAACCGUUGCAAACAGUUUACAACGUUUUUGAGUUGUUUACUUCGCCUGCCCAGCGCUGCCUUGCUCUGAGAUCAGAGAAAACGAAAUUUGCCGAUUGGAGUUUAAACAUUAGAAAAUGGAUUUUUUCUUCCCGGAAAUUAACAUCAAACAGGAAGUGCAAAAAUUGAUGCGAAAUGCCGACUUGGCCUACGAGCAACAGCAGGAGGAAGAGCGGAAAAGACUUGAGCAGCAACUGCAAGAAGAAUCGGAGCGGGAGGAGAAAGCGAUGCUGGAGAAGCUCCAGCAGCAGCAAAUGGAGCGUCUCAGGGCGAAGGAAAACGCUCUGAUUGCGUUGAAACAGGACAAGGAACGGCAACGGGAGGAGUUUUUGAAGGCUAAAACGAUUCAGUUGAAAAUCAAUAAUUGCGACGAAAUCCGAACGUACAUUCAGCAGAAGCACCACGAGGAAGCGAAGCGCUGCCAACUGGCCCAAAUUGAGGAGAAGAUGAAGCUCAAACAGGCCCGCAAGGACGAAGAAAAAAUGUGGAAGGAAAUUCACCUCCGAAACUACAAGAAAGAGCUGGAACGUGACACGCUGGAACUCCGCGCCCGCAAGAUCAGGGAGGAAAAAGCCUUGCUGGACAUCAAGGAGCAAAUCAAGGAGCGGGCCCUCAAAGCGGAACAGGAACGGAUCGAACUGCAGGAGGUGCGCUGCAACUCGUUGCCGUUUCCCGACCAUGACGGCAAGCUGAUUCAGCUGAAAAAGACCGACCUGGCGGAGAAGCUGCGCCAACAGAUGGAAACGACCCGGAUGCUGCAGAAGAAGCGCGACGAGCAGGAACGGGAAGUGGUGCGCACGCUUAACGAGGGCAUGCAGCGGGAGUUGGAACGCGAGAAGAAGGUGAGGGACGCCGAGCGGGAGACUCUGGCCAAACAAAUCAAUCAGUAUUACCAGUACUCGAAGCACGUGGAGAAGCAGCGACUGGUUGAGGAGGCCAAGAUGGAUAAGCUGAUUCGAGAUGUUCGCCAGCAGUACGACCAAGCGGCGGUUGAAAGUUGCCAGAUGGCGCUGCGCAAGCGAUGGGGUUUGGCCGAUAUCGUUUACGACGGUCAGCGCAAGCAAAUCGCCGAAGCCGAGGACAGACGGCGGCGCGAACGUGAGCAGGAACUUCAGGAGGGCAUUCGGGAGCGUGAAAUCUACGAACAGCACCGGAAGGCAAGCUUCGAGGCCGACAAUCGGACGCAGCUGGCGGUGAAGCAGUAUCGGGACACGCUCAAGGAGCAGAUCGUGUCGGCGGGUCUGGAACGGGAGCGCAGCAAACGCCACGACCAGAUGCUCACGAACAAGCUUGUGGAGGCCAACGCCCAAGAGUUGGACUUUGUGCAGACGUACGUGAAGGGAUCGUUUGAUAGUCAUUUCAAGCAGCAUCCGAACGCGUCGUUGCUGAAGAAGAAAUUAUGAUUUUGUUUCAUUGUGUAUCUUAAAUAUAUUAAUAUCGCGGUUAGCGAUUGCUAUUCA